UGAAGCCUUCGCCCUCCUCGUCGUUCCUCUUCGUUAGGGUUUCUUCGCGAGCAAGAUAUAACAGAGAUGAGUUCCACAACGUCGGCAAAGGGCGGCCGAGGCAAGGCCAAGUCGUCGAAAUCUGUCUCCCGUUCGCAUAAGGCCGGCCUCCAGUUCCCCGUCGGCCGCAUCGCUCGGUUCCUCAAGGCCGGGAAAUAUGCCGAGCGUGUCGGCGCAGGUGCCCCGGUCUACCUCGCCGCCGUCCUCGAAUACCUUGCUGCCGAGGUCCUGGAAUUGGCCGGAAACGCUGCGAGGGAUAAUAAGAAGAAUAGAAUCGUUCCAAGGCAUAUACAGCUCGCUGUCAGGAAUGACGAGGAGUUGAGUAAGCUUUUGGGAGCUGUUACGAUCGCCAGUGGUGGUGUUUUGCCCAAUAUCCAUCAGACCUUAUUGCCUAGUAAGGCGGGAAAGGGGAAAGGGGAUAUUGGAUCUGCGUCACAGGAGUUCUAGAUUAUAAAGAUAUAAUCUUUUGGUAUGAUGGAAUAUGAUGAAUGGAGUGAGCCUGAUAAUGUAAUAAAACGUUUUGGCAAGUUGUUGAAUAUCCUUAUCAUAGAAUAGGAUGAGAGGAUAAUUGAAAAUUGAUUAUUUUUAUGAGGUUAUAAUCCUUUUCUGGUUCUCAAUCUAAUUUUCCAUUUGCACCUGAAAUCAAUUACUUUUUGG